UACGCCUUACUUGCCUAUCCCCAAUAUAUUCCUGAUUCGCUUCUGAGCAUUUUCGUGACCCCAAAUUAUCUCAAACUGGGUAUUGCGCUGUGGCCCUGUGCCAAAUUGAUCUGAUUUCUCUCUUCUAAUUGGUUCAUGGGAUUGAUUGGUUUUUGGGUAUUUUAGUCUGAGGUUGAGGCAAGUGGUUGGUGGUAAACUGUGUUAGGUUUUUGUAUCUGGGAGUGGUUAAUUUAUGGUGUUCUUCUGUUUCAUUGGAGUGAAAUUUGCUCAACCCUUUUGAAGUUAACUAGGUGGUCAGCCAGAGGAGGGUUGGCCGCCCUAAUUACUAUUAUCUAAUGAGGUCAAAAGAAAAUAUUGUGUUUCAUUGUAAUCUAAUUAGGUUAGAUUGUAGGCGAAGCUAAAUUCGAAACAGAAAAUCAGGCUCGACUUGGUUUUAAGUUACUGUGACACUCAUGGGUUAACAAAGAUGGUACACUGAUUUUGGGUUUGAACCCAGUCUGGUAGCUGGAGCCAGGAGAUUUGAUAAGGAAUUUUGAUGAAUGGAUUGAUAUAUGGUCGGUACUCGGAUUGGCAAUUAUAUGGUCCCUAAUGUUGUUUUUCAGCAACCAUGGGACAUCAAGAAACGAUUGAAGUCUCCUUUGGCAUUGAUUUGGUUCUUGCUUUGAAUUAUUCGGUGUUUUCACUCUUGAAGUUUUCUGAGUGCUGAGACAUGGCUGAAGGAGCGGAAGUUGAUGAGCGGGUGGAUCUAGAUGAGGACAAUUACAUGGAAGAGAUGGAUGAUGAUGUGGAGGAACAAGCAGAUGAAGAUGGAGCUGAUGGAGGCAGUGAUGAAAAUGUGGAGGAACAUGCUGAAGAAGCAGAGGAAGAUCCUACAACCGGGGCUAGCGAGAAAGAGCAUUCUCCAGAACCAUAUGGAAGCGAAAACGGUGGUGAGUUGGUGGAAGAUGAAGAGAAACCUUCUGCUUCUCUCAGUCAGGAGGAGAAAGAGAAGCAUGCUCAACUGCUUGCCCUUCCUCCUUAUGGGUCUGAAGUUUUCAUUGGUGGCCUUCCUAAAGAUGCCUCAGAAGAAGAGUUGAGGGAGCUAUGCAGUGAAAUAGGCGAAAUUCUUGAGAUAAGAUUAAUGCAAGACAGGGAAACUGGUGAGAGCAAAGGUUAUGCAUUCAUAGGAUUCAAGUCUAAAGAGGUUGCACAAACGGCUAUUGAAGAAUUACAUAAUAAAGCAUUUAAGGGUAAGACUUUAAGAUGUUCAAUUUCCGAAACAAAACAUAGACUGUUCAUUGGUAAUGUUCCAAAAAUCUGGACCGAGGAUGAGUUUCGAAAAGUUAUUGAAGAGGUUGGUCCUGGAGUUGAGCACAUUGAGCUGAUAAAGGAUCCUCAAAAUCCAAGUAGAAAUCGCGGUUUUGCUUUUGUUUUGUAUUACAACAAUGCCUGUGCUGAUUAUUCAAGACAAAAAAUGUCAAAUUCAAGUUUUAAGCUGGAGGGAAAUACCCCAACUGUGACCUGGGCUGAUCCAAAAAGUACAUCUGAUCACUCUGCUGCUGCUCAGGUGAAGGCUCUUUAUGUGAAAAACAUUCCUGAGAACACUAGCACUGAAACGCUGAAGGAAAUAUUCCAGCGCCAUGGUGAAGUGAUAAAAGUAGUUAUGCCACCUGGCAAAGGUGGUCAAGGCAAACGGGAUUUUGGAUUUGUACACUAUGCUGAAAGGUCAAGUGCUCUGAAGGCUGUUAAAGAUAGUGAGAAAUAUGAAAUUGAUGGCCAUCCACUAGAGGUUGUUCUUGCGAAGCCUCAGACUGAUAAAAAAUCUGAUGGGGCUUAUCCCUACAAUGCUGGGCCUCACACAAAUCAUGCUCCACACCCAGGGUAUGGUGGGUUUGCUGGAAAUCCAUACGGCUCUGCAGGCGCUGGAUUUGGUGUUACCCCAGCAUUUCAGCAGCCAAUGAUAUAUGGUAGAGGGCCAAUGCCAUCAGGAAUGCAGAUGGUGCCAAUGGUUCUACCAGAUGGUCGAAUAGGCUAUGUUCUUCAGCAGCCUGGGGUACAGAUGCCACCUCCUCGGCCUCGAAGAGGGGAUCGAAACAAUGGUCCGAGUGGACAACCAGGGAGAGGAGGUGGUAGCAGCGAUGAAGGCAAUCGUGGCAGGAGAUACCGGCCUUAUUAGUUUCAACAGAUGAGGCUCCUUUUCUGGGUUGGGUAAAAGCCUGUUGUGAUUGAUUGGUAUGACAUGUUACUUCAAACAAAAAUAACAGAACCCCUCUACCUUGUUGCUCUUUGUUCUAUGGUAAAGACGGGGGGCGAAAGAAAAAGGUGGCUAGGAUUAGGAAAGAUGAGUUAUUCCUUCAUGUUGGUGUCUCAAAGCUUUAGAUGUUUGGCCAAAAGGAAAAUGCUUGAGAAAUUGAGAUUCUAGGAAUUGUCUCUUGUGCAUUAACUUAUCUAUUUGUUUGGCAUUUUGUUUGACACCUACAAGAAAUGGAAUUUGACCUUUUGCUAGUGCAUUUCGUAGAACUAGCCGGGACUCCAGGUUUGAAUUUCGUAGUCUCGACUUUUGAGCGACCUUUGAGGAUUUUUCGACUGUAAGAAAGAACCCAUGAAAUGGUUUCCAAAAUGAAAGAUUCUAGUUCUUUUCUUGA